GGUUCCACACCUCCACCAACGCUUUCGCGGCGUGUCGGUUAGUGUUCACUCCGGUGUUUGCCAUUCUUUACGAGAUCGAAUUAUGCAGAUUAAUUCCAAGGUGCUCCGUGGAGAUGGCGCACGCUGAGGAGGACAGCUCGUUCUUUGAACGAGAGCGCGACCGCCUCACCGCCGAAAUUACCGCCGGCUUUGAGGAACUGCUGCCACUGAGCAACCAGCUGAACCGAAAGCUCGAAGAGGUGCUGAGCAUGACCAGGGAGUACGAAACAAUCGCCGAGCUGUGGCAUAGCUUCCAUGUACUCAUGCGCAACCAGAAGGAAGAGGAGCCGGCUGAGGGCCAGCCCCAGGGACUUCCCGGUACAGGUGGACAUGUCCUUAGACAAUCAAAUCCGGAAUCUGCGGAACAGUAG